AUGUCAAGGUUACGAGAAGAAUUCAUUGAGAACAUACUGUCACGGUUACCAGAAGAAAUCAUUGAGAACAUACUGUCAUGGCUACCAGUCAAGUCUAUUAAAAGAUUCAGGUUUAAUCUCUUAAUUACCAUUCUAGGAACUGAUCAAAACACACCUACACUACCUGACAUGUUUUCCAUAGAUCAUAAUGUUAUAUCAUCAUCAUCAUCACCAUCACAGUCGCUAUCUUCACCGUUUUUAGGAAAUGCUGUGGGGAUUGGUUAUCCAUUUACGUCUAGCACUCCUCGAACCUUUGGUUCUUGUAAUGGUCUGGUUUGCAUAAAACCAUGGCGUGAGGAUAAUACUAUUUACAUUUGGAACCGUUGUACGAAAGAAUACAAAGAAGUACCAGAAACCCCGAUUAAAUAUCCUCCAGCUCUGUCACGGGCAGGAUUAUAUCCAGGUACUCGGACUUUGUAUGGGUUUGGUUUUGAUUGCAAGGCUGAUGAUUAUAAGAUGUUACGAAUUGUGGGUUUUGAAGGGGAAUAUGUUUCUGAAGCUAGAGUUUAUUCAUUAGGACUAAAUUCAUGGAAAAGCCUUGGGUUUAUUCCAUAUUCCACCUAUUGGUAUAGAGAUCGUGGUCUACUGGUUGAUGGUGUUCUGCAUUGGAUUGCUGUUCAGUGUUCUGGAUAUGAAGCUCCUCGAAGUGUUGUUUCUUUUGAUAUUAGUGAUGAGACAUUCCGCUAUACGCCAUUUCCUUACUAUUGUUUCGCGUACAAUGCCCUGUCAUUUUUGGGUAUAUGGGAAGGAAAACUUUGCCUUAUACUUCAAGAUGACAAGGAUAAUGAUGCUGUUUGGACAAUGAAGGAUUAUACUUGGACAAAGCAUUUGAACAUUCCAAGACACAUAGGUCUAACCUAUGGUAGGGCGAUUCAGACAUUCCAGAAUGGUGAAGUCCUAUUGGAUUAUGUUUAUUCAUGGAAGGAGAAGUCUGAAGAGAGUGGGAGUUUGAUUUCAUAUGACCCAAAACAUGGAAGAGUGAAAGUUUUAAAACUAGGCAGUCUUCCGGACUUGAUCGGAAUAGAACCGUAUAUCGAAACUUUAGUUUCACCUUACUUGGGUACAUUUGUUGGGCAACAACAAAUAAAGGAAGAAGGAAGUUCAAGAUGGCGGGCAACAACAAAUAGAGGAAGAAGGAAGUUCAACACGGCCUUUCUGAAUUGUGAAGCAGGAAAGUUUGGGAGUAGAAAGAAGAGGGAGAUAAUGUAG